AUGGCCCUCGGCGAGGCCAGCCCCUACCGCGUCUCCCCGACCAAGACCCGCCUCGUCGCCACCGGCUGCCCCACCAUCGGCUACUUCGUCGACAGCGACGAAUACUUCGUCAGCGGCUGCACGUCCGUGUGCCGGCCGGCGCAGUACGCCAUCGCGGGGCAGGGGUCGUGCACCGGCGUCGGGUGCUGCCAGAGCGCCAUACCGCCCGGCGUCAGCUACUACCAGCCCAACACGCUCAGCUUGCAGGGGGGAAAUUUCACCACGUGCCAGUACGUGUUCCUGGCGGACGCCGACUGGUUCAGCUACAGCGACCGCGUGUUCUUCAACCGGACCGACGACUUCGCCGCGCCCGUGGUGCUCGACUGUGCUGUCCGGAACGUCGGCAACUGCAGCGCCGCCCAGCAGAACAUGACGGACUACGUGUGCCGGAGUGGGAACAGCGAGUGCGUCCCCUCCACCAACGGCGCCGGCUACCGGUGCAACUGCAAGCAGGGCUACGAGGGGAACCCCUACCUCGACGGCGGAUGCAGAGACAUCGAUGAGUGCCGCCGCAAAGACGAGUAUCCAUGCUACGGAGACUGCACAAAUCUGCCGGGAAACUACACUUGCAAAUGCCGUCCGGGAACCGAUGGGGAUGCCUACAAGCAGAACGGUUGCCGGCCCAAGGACAGGUUCACACUAGCUCUUAAAGUGGUUACAGGGUUCGGCGUUGGGGUGGUCUUAUUACUGUUAUGCGUGUGCCUCAACCUGGGGCUCGAGAAGGGGAAGCUCAUCAGAACGAAGCAGAGGUUCUUCGAGCAGAACGGGGGCGUCAUCCUGCAGCAGCAGAUGCGCUCCUACACCAGCGCCGGCGCUGGAGCGGGUGGGUUCAAGAUAUUCUCCGAGGAUGAGCUGGAGAAGGCGACCAACAGCUUCGCCGCCGACCGUGUCCUCAGCCGCGGCGGGCACGGCAUCGUCUACAAGGGUGUGCUCGAGGACAAGACGGUGGUGGCCAUCAAGAGGUCCAAGAUGAUGGAGGAGGCCCAGACCAAGGAGUUCGCGAGGGAGAUGCUCAUACUCUCCCAGAUCAACCACAGGAACGUCGUCAAGCUGCUAGGCUGCUGCCUUGAACUCACCGCAAAAGUUUCGGAUUUCGGGGCGUCGAAAUUGGCGCCCGAUGAUGAGGCCGAGAUUGCGACAUUGGUGCAGGGGACUUGUGGGUACCUUGACCCUGAGUACCUCAUGACAUGCCAGCUAACCGAUAAGAGCGACGUGUAUAGCUUUGGUGUCAUCCUGCUGGAGCUUCUGACCAGAAAGAAGGCACUCUACUUCGACGGGCCAGAGGAAGACAGGAGCCUAGUGUCAUGCUUCAUGACGGCAAUGAAGGCUGGCCGGCAUGAAGAGCUUCUUGACAGCCAAGUGAGGAACGAGAUGAGAGCCGAGGUGCUUGAAGAAAUUGCUCACCUCGUGAUGCGAUGCCUGAGCAUGAGUGGAGAGGAACGGCCAACGAUGAAGGAGGCGGCUGAGAGGCUGGAGAGGCUGAGAUACCAGCAGCACCCGUGGGCUCAGGCUGAUGGCAAUCUGGAAGAGAGGCAGACCUUGCUUCCCAUGGAACAACGGGAUCUUCCUUCCAUGUUCAGACAGCAAGAUGUCCUGGAUCUUGAAGAGGGCAGCACAUAUACUUACAGCUUGUAG